AUGACAUCUCUCAAAUCUUUUACCUUUCACUUGGCGUUUCUUACUCUUUUCUUGUUGGCCUUUAUCCAUGCGAAUCAUGCUGAAGAAGAAGAGACAUUUACGCAAGAGUUUUUAAAAGAAAAUCAAGACAUUGUUGAAAAAUUUACUACCAAAAAUCCAUAUUUCAUUAAAAUAUCGGAUGGCACUGCUAAAGAUUCAAUGUUCAAACAAGAUAUUAUCUCAUUAUUUAGCUGGUAUACCCUUUGGACAAGGUCUGCAGGAUAUGCCUUAGUUAAUGCUCCGGUUCCGCCUCCAAAGGAUUGGGAACUAGGCGAUGUACCACCAGAGUUCUUCAUAGAUGUUUUAGCCGGUGCUAUAAAUGAUGAACAUGGUGAUCUGGAAAUUACAAAAAACAUCGCGACAAAACAUAACAUUGACCUUUACGGCUCACCACCUUCAAAAUUUGUCGGGGUCGACGCAGAUUAUAUGAUUAAAAUUGCCAGGGACAACCCUUUUGGAGCGUGGUUUGCCGCUAAUUGGGCCGGUGUUCGGCUUUCACGCGAAGCGUAUUUGAUUGCUGAUGCAUCCGCGAAAAAGAAUGGGUACAGUUACGCUUACCAGGAUCAUAUUGAUGUGUUUACUUCUGCAGGUUAUAAAAACACGAGUGAUGGACUCGAGCUCAUAACAAACCUUAUUUACAAAUCCAAGGAUUCAGAUAGAAAGUUAGCAACUAAGCUUAUGAGAAAUCACUUGGAUUUCAUUUAUAAUAUUAUGGCGGAGGAUGCAACAGCAUAG